AUGAAUCGAGACAAGAGAAGGUCCGCAUCUCCACAUCGCGACAACCGACCAUCGAAAAGACAGAGGAGCUCAUCUCCUCCUCCUCCUCGUCGACAAGAAACACGGGAAGACAGAGAGCGAGAUCGAGAUGCUGUUGGUCGUGACGCCAGUGGAAACUCUUGGGGGAAACAAUCGGAUCAUGAUACCUCAAGGGAUAGAGGCAAUGCAUCAUCAUCUACAGUAGCACGUGGAGCUGCUGAUCAGCAUCCUGUUCGUGGUGUGCAUGCUCAACGUGUCGAGUCGCAAGAAGGAAGAGACGGAUGGGAAGCCCCACCAACAAUCGCAAAGGAAGAACCAAACUAUGUACCCUCUGGAAAACUAGCUGCAGACCAAAACACAUACAAGGGUGUCGUGCUCAAAUACUCGGAGCCUGUUGAAGCCAGGAAAUCAUCAAAGAAGUGGAGGUUGUAUGUGUUUAAGGGCAAGGAACAAGUUGAUUUAUUACAUGUACAUCGCCAAAGUGCUUACCUGAUUGGACGAGAACGACUCGUAGCUGAUAUACCGAUAGAUCACCCUUCCUGCUCAAAACAACAUGCAGUACUACAGUAUCGUCAAGUCCAGGAAAAGAAUGAUUUGGGAGAUUCUACUCGUAUCACAAAACCAUACGUGAUUGAUUUAGAAUCAGCAAACGGCACAUUCCUAAAUGGUGACAAGAUUGAUGCAUCACGGUAUUAUGAAUUGAAGGCUGGUGAUAAUAUCCGUUUUGGAUUUUCGAGUAGAGAGUAUGUUAUAUUGCCGGAAGAUGCUGCCUCAUGA